AUGGCAAAAGUGAUUAAUGAACGGGCUUCGACAAGUGCGGACAUCUCGCCAACUCCUGAUUCGACCAUUGUAACGACCCAUGUGCAGCAACUAGCGGAUAAUAUGUAUAAUAAAGUUGCAGCAUAUCUUCAAGGACAGAUCGAAGGUACCACUGCGGAAUAUAAACUGUUGAAGGAUAUGAAUAAUGCUACGACUCAACGUUACAUUGACAUGAAGCAGGUAGCGAGUGAUGUUGCGGAGAAGCUCUCAGAAUUGAAUUCCAGAUAUGAGACGUUACGUCCAUAUUUGCAACAAAUCGAUGAAGUUGAUGAAAAUACAAGAAGGCUGGAGGAGGCUGCCAAUGCUUUGGACCGUUACGUAACCACUCUGGAAACGAAAUUCCGUGAAAUUCAGCGCGAUGAUGGUUCUCCCAGCUAA